AUGUCUUUCCUUCAGCAAGUCCGCAACACGACGCGGCGCUUCCGCCGCACCCAGCUGCACAACAUCGAGACGAUAAAAUCCCAACCGUUGGCCGAACUAUCUGGUUCGCUGGGUGAUCUAGGCACAUUACUCCCGCUCAUGACUACCCUCGUCCUGACAAACUCGAUAUCGCUCCCCUCAACCCUUCUCUUCACCGGCGCAGCAAACGUACUCACAGGCCUCGCCUUCGGCAUUCCACUACCAGUGCAACCGAUGAAAGCCAUUGCAGCAGUAGCAAUCGCACGCCAAUUCACGCUGGAACAGAAUGCCGCUGCGGGGCUAGUGGUCGCGGGCCUGGUCGGUGUAUUCAGCAUCACAGGAUUGAUUAACUGGGCAAAUCGCGUAACGCCCAUUCCAGUGGUGAAAGGGAUUCAAGUCGGAGCAGGCCUAUCGCUAUGCCUGAGCACAGGGACAAAACUGCUGUCAUCACUUACCUGGACGGGACCAUGGUGGGGCGACAACCUCUUCAUAGCCAUCGCAGCAGUUAUGCUGCUACUAUGCACAUUCCCCUACCCCCGCGUACCCUACGCGAUGAUAAUCUUCCUAAUCGGCAUCUUCCUCUCCUUCGCAUCCCCAACCAACGACAAAGUCUCCGUCCCACACGCCGCAAUACCCAUUCUGCAUCCCUCAGCCAAAGAUUUCCUCGAAGCAACAACAACAGCAUCGCUCGGCCAACUCCCGCUCACCUUACUCAACUCCGUCAUCGCCGCUUCAGCACUAUCGUCUGACCUGUUACCCUCACCGCCUUACCCCGCCGCCCCCACCGUAACGGAACUAGGCAUCUCAGUCGCGGCCAUCAAUCUACUCGGCUGCUGGUUCGGCGCCAUGCCCGCGUGCCACGGUUCCGGUGGACUGGCCGGCCAGUUCCGAUUCGGUGCUCGGAGCGGGAGCAGCAUCAUUUUCCUGGGGGCAAUCAAGUUCAUGCUAGGGCUUAUUGCGUUCUGGAAAGCGGAUGCGAUUAUCAGCACGUUGCAUGACAUACCCAAAGCGCUCUUGGGUGUGUUGGUUCUGGCUGCGGGCGUGGAACUCGCGAAGGUGGGGGAGAGUAUCAAUACCGAUGCGCGCGAUUUGAGGGUGCUGGAGAGGGAUAUGACGUGGGAUGGGAAGAGGGUCAAGGAGUUGGAUGAGAGGGAGAGGAAGGAGAGGUGGAUGGUUAUGCUUGUUACGGUGGCUGCGUUGCUGACGUUUAAGAAUGACGCGGUUGGGUUCGUGAGUGGGUUGGCGUGGCAUUGGGGGUUUGUGGCGGCACGGAGGAUUGAGAUGGGCAGGGCUGAGGAGCCGGUUUGGAGGAGCGUGGGGAGUGAGAGGGGGGAAAGGGCGGGGCUGUUGGCGCAUAGUGAGAGUGAUACUGUUGCUUAG